UGUUUAAUGGUUCAGUAUAUUCGAUAUGAAGUGUCGUGUUUAGAUCUGUUUCUGUGAAAAGUUGUAUCCCCUGCUCUGACGUCACGGGGUCUGACUCCAGUGACGCUUGAUAAUAGGACUUAAUAAUAAUAAGUCCUUAUAGAAAGAAAUGCUGUGUCCAGAUUCAAUAAUUAUACUAAAGUUGUGUACACAAAGGUGCACACGUUAGUGUACGGGGACGUGUUAACACGUAACAAGAGAACGUUGCUGCCUAAAAAAGAAGAAGAUGGUACUCUGAUUCACACGGUUAUUAAUCAUACACGACAGUGAUACAAUAUAAUUCGAUAUUUAAGGCGUAUCGCUGAUGUUGGACUCAUCCACCGUGUUCGCAGGUUGAAGUUGGCAUCACAGAACUUCAGCGCAGACUGAAUUUGGUAAACCUGAACAUAUCAUAUGUGUCACCUGGAGGGCUGCGAUAAUGGCAGAUGACAAAGAUGUACUUCGAGAUGUGUGGUUCGGCCGGAUACCGGCAUGCUUCACACUUUACCCAGACGAAGUCACGGAGAGAGAAGCAGAACCGUUUUAUCUCCUCCUUCCGCGGGUCAGUUAUCUGACACUAGUGACCGACAAGGUCAAGAAGCACUUUCUGAAAGUUGUCAAAGCUGAAGAUGUAGAGGAAAUGUGGUUUGAAUAUGAAGGCACACCUCUGAAAUGGCACUAUCCAAUCGGCGUGUUAUUUGAUCUCCACGCUUCAAAUACGGCUCUCCCCUGGAGCAUCACUGUGCACUUUAAGCAUUUUCCUGAUCGGGACUUACUCCGCUGCUCCUCGAACGCUGUCAUAGAAGCUCAUUUUAUGUCCACUAUUAAAGAAGCAGACGCAUUCAAGCACAAGGGCCAGGUCAUCAACGACAUGCAGAAAAAAGAUCACAAGCAGCUGUGGAUGGGCCUGCAGAACGAUAAAUUUGACCAGUUCUGGGCCAUGAACCGCAAGCUGAUGGAAUAUCCAACGGAGGAGGGCGGCUUUCGCUACGUUCCUUUCAGGAUAUACCAGACGCUGAGUGACAGGCCGUUCAUCCAGAAGCUGUUCCGGCCUGUUUCUUCCGAAGGCCACGCUCUCACCCUAGGAGAUCUGCUCAAAGAGAUGGUCCCUGCUGCCAUAUGUCAGGAUGAUGAUCCAAAGAAAUACCAAGUGGUGAUUCAUGGCAUUGAGCCGCUGUUUGAGACGCCCAUCCAGUGGCUCAGCGAGCACCUCAGCCAUCCAGACAACUUCCUUCACAUCUGCAUCGUCCCAGCGCCAAGCGACUGAACCCCUCUACUGCCCAGGUGGCCCAAAAGCGCCUCUUCUGCUCCCGUCAUCCAGGAAGGACCCUUCCAGAAUAGUUUAUUCACUUUCUCACACUUCGCACAGUCUCAUUUGCCUUCCUGGCCUGCCACACCCACUGCUACCAGAUUUGGAGGAAUGGAAAUAAUGUUUUUUUCUUGUGCAUGCCUUAGGGAUGUAAAUUACUCUACUGACACUCUCAGUAUCCAAGUGUUAUUACCUUGGUUUUUUUUAUGUGACAAAUUUAGCCUGCUAGUGACUACAGUGUACUCAGAAAUGUUGUCAUUAUCUCUUUUUCACAUGAUUUACAUCCCUGGUAUGCAUCUCUCUCUCUCUCUCUCUCUCUCUCUCUCUCUCUCUCUACAUGUUGCCUUACAACUCACUCAUUGUUACACUGGGACGAUGAGUUGGCACACUCCUGAUUCUGCCCUGGUUUUGCUGGUAGACUAAUGUCCCUGGGUCAAAAAGGCUGGAGUUUAGAUUUUGAUCAGCCAAUAAUCUUUGUUUCCAUACGGUGCUCUGAAUAAAAUAAGAAAUUCAGCAUCAACCUUAACACUACAUUAAGAAAUAACGUUAAGUAGCUAGGUUUGUUUUUAUAAUAAUACCCAGUAACAGUUCACUAGAACGCUAGCUAGCAUUAGAGGAUAAACUAGUCUACCAGGCCAGGUAAAGCUCCAAGGUCUUUUCCCAAUCCAAUGUAUUUGUUCCCUAGAGACCAAAUGUUAGUUAGGUCUUAGUCUGUAACAAUGCAUGCAACAUGAAACAAAGACCAAAAAAUGGGGAUGACUUCCUGGGUACUCUUGUAGAAGCAGGAAAGCUUUUUGGCAGUUGCCUGUUGAUUCAGAAAACAUGCUUACAGAAAGUGUUUUCUUUUUCAGGCCAUUCUAUUUGUCUCAGGUGCUCAGGAUGCUCAUAUAUCCAGCCCUGUAUUAUAGCGAUGCCAUACGAUCAAGUUUGCGAUUGGCUGAUCAGAUAUACGGUAAGCUCCGCCCUCAUUUUCCCAGGGACAGCAGUGAUUUCGCGACAUCACGAUGGUGCACAUUUUGCAGUAUUUUUUUCAGCAGCUAACUAACACAAUAAUUCUUCAUCCGGAUCUUCACUCACUAAAUCCCCCAUGUCCCAGGGGUGCAAAGUUAAUUCCCAGGUUUUAUAGGCAUGCACAGGGGGUUAAAAGAGGUGUGAAAUUCACAGAUGGAAUUGUCCUGUCCUGAAUUCCAAAAUUCCUAUGUGUAGGCGCAACCGGAAAUGUCCUACAACCAGUUGAUUUAAUUAACCCUAAUCUAAACUGAUCUAACAUCAUACACAUAUAAAGACAUAAUGUGGGGCGUUCUCAUGUCUUGUCUUUUUUUCUUUUUUUUUUUGUAAUAAACACGACUGCCUGUUCGUCUGUUGCGGUUAACUCCAGAUAUCCAUCAUAAGAGAACUGCAGCAUGAUCUCCUGUUUGGAAUCUCAGUACGUAUAGAGAUUUAUAAAAUUGUAACCCAUUGCAGCUGAUACAGCACAGUAUUUAAACAGCUCUGAUUAUACAGCCGCUAGACAGAACUGUUUAGGCUGGCAACAUUUGUUUGUGUUUAUUUCGUUCGGAGGGGACGUGACGGAGGAGGUUGAAGCAGGGAGCAGACGAUUAGCAGCUGAGAGUGAUUAUUCGCUUAUAGGAAUAAGUGAGUGUACACUCUCAGACAGAUGGGGAGAGCGAAUACUUCAAACCGCACCAGGUCACUUCUCAGCAAACUGACUGGAAGACCUUGGGGAAUUUUUUGUUUGUUUGUUUGGUAAUUGAUAUCCAGAUGUGAGCACUUCAUUGAUUGUAAUUAAUCUGCUGAAAUAUUAGUACUGAAAUCUAUCCAUUCUUUCAGAACAAAUGUGAUCAAAUGGAUUUUUCUUAUUAGAUUUUCUUUUCAUGCUGUGGCUUGCUUUUCUGUCUUUUGCUACUUAACUUUAAAAAAAAAAAAAAAAGAAAGCUAAAUAA